UCAAAAUGGAUGGACGUGUGUCAGUGUUAGUUGAAUCGAGACUAUUUGUGACGUAAAUAAAUGCAGUGAAUAAUCUUAUUAGUAUUUAUAUUGUAAUUAACAAUAACAUUUACGAAUGUGCAAGUACUUAUAAGUGUGAAGUUUAAGCUUUGAGUAUUAUUUGCCCGUGUAACUACGCCGAAUUUGUCAGUCACAGUUAGUCUACUCAAAUCAAUGGGAUAUGAUAAAGAUAUGAACACAACAAACAAAAGAAGAAUAUAAUGUUAAGAACGAAAAGAAAAUUACACCAUAAGAAAUAUAAAAUACGGUAAAGGAUGAGUAAGUCGGCAUGAUGGUAAAAGACGGGAGCCGGGACACUAAGCGCGCCUAUCAGAACGCAUUAAAUUUGUCAAAUUUAGGAUUGGAGGACACGAAACUUUAUUGCUGUAGGUGCAGCCAGAAACGAAGGGCUUCACCCCUUACUUGCCUCUCAAUUUGUUUCCUUGUACUAACAUACAACCUUUUUGGCGGAUUCUUGUUUUUUUCGCUAGAAGGGAACACAGCAUCAGAAACAGCUGUUGCAGAAUCGAAGCCGAACUUAAGUCGAUCGAGUGGUGAACUUCGGCUCAAAACAGUGGAAAAACUGUGGUCAAUAACUGAAGAUCUGAACAUUUUAUACAAAGAAAAUUGGACCCAACUAGCUGCGAAGGAGUUAAUGGAUUUCCAAAAAGUACUUUUGAAGUCUUUGCGGAAUAAUGAGGAGGAAGGCCACAACAUGUCUUACGAGGAAAUGGAGUACAGAUGGAGUUUUGCUGGGAGCUUCUUAUACGCGCUGACGUUAAUAACGACGAUUGGUCACGGGAAUGUCGCCCCGAAGUCCACAAUUGGCAAAAUGACAGCUGUCCUAUACUCCUGCGUCGGCAUCCCACUCAUAAUGCUUUAUCUGUCCACAUUAGGCGAAGCCUUUGCAAGGAGUUUUAGAUCAUUUUACUCCAAAAUAUGUCCAAAACGCUUUCGGCGACAAGAUUUUCAUACAAAAGCCGAAUGUAUAGGAAAUUUUUCAUCGAAUAAAGAAAUAUCGAUUAAUCGUCAGACACGUACCCCAUUCCAGGCUGCUUUAAAUCUUGAAAAUUUGAAUGGAGGAUACCACUGGACAUGUCAGGACCACACUCGGGUGCCAAUUAUACUAAGUUUAUCAUUAAUGAUAUUGUAUAUAGUCUUAGGUACUUUUGUGUUCCACGCUACUGAGAAUUGGAAUUUACUGGACGGAUGCUAUUUUUCAUUCUCUAGUUUAGCCACAAUAGGAUUCGGAAAUUUAAAACCUGGUUUAUAUGCCAGCACAGUAUCAGCUAAGACUGAAGACAUUGCCAUAGGCGUGUGUUGUAUUUAUAUACUUGUGGGUAUAGUUUUUAUUGCCAUGUGUUUUAAUUUAAUUCAGGAAGACUUAGCGAUAGCCUUAAGAAAUUUGACAGCGUUAUGCGGUGGAAGUUCAAAGUCCCGCGCUAUACAUAGCAUUGAUCCUGCUGAUGCAAAGAUAACUAUGUCUGUUGCUUCCUGACCCAGAGAGACACCCGAGCCAUCAGUGAGCUUUCACGAAAAAAGAUCACAAGUUAGUUUCAAGCUAGAAAAUUAUAAUCCACCCAAGUUCAAUAGUUUACCUCGAAGGAAGUCGUCGAUGCAUGGAGAAGAAAGUUUUCAAAGAAACACGCCAGCUCGCCGAUCUGCCGGACCUACGGAUAGGUGUGUUGAAUAUUUUGUUCCAAGAAGUUUGAGUGAGUUUAACUUGAGCCAAACUAAUACUGUAUUCUAUGCGGAUACUGAAUUCGGUGAAAGGCCACGCAGGGACAGGCGUGAUAAAAUGGUUACGUUUGAAGAUGAUCGGUUUAACGAUGAGGUGACUGGACAAACAAUCUCUGACGAUGUAUUUAUGUAACUAAUUUAUAAAUGAUCUAUUGUAAUUAUUUGAUAAAAAUGUAAAAUA